AUGGGAGCCCAACCUGAGGAAGGUCAGAAGCCUUGCUCGAGGGUCCAGACCCUGUUUAAGAGGGUCAAGUCCUUACUCACCAACCCACCCCACUCCUUGAACCUGGGCUGUACCCAUGUAUAUGGGUACAUGUUUGGGCAUGUGCCUGAAAGCAAACUGGAGCAUCUCCCAACACAGCAGCUGACCGAGUCUGUCCUGCAGGUGCUGCACACUGGAGAGCAGCUGAUGGUCCCCAUGGCUGUCCUGGAGGUAGAUAAUGAGGGAGCCUUGUGGAAGUUUCUCCUCUCGGGAGCCAUGGCUGGGGCGGUGUCUCACACGGGCACGGCCCUUCUGGACUGUGCCAAGGUAUACAUGCGGGUCUACUCCUCCAAGACAAAUUUCAUGAAUUUGCUGGGAGGUAUACGGAGCAUGGUCCAGGAGGGGGGUGUCUGCUUGCUAUGGAGGGGCAAUGGUAUCAACGUACUCAAGAUCGCCCCAGAGUAUGCCAUCAAGUUCUCUGUCUUUGAACAGUGUAAGAAUUACUUCUGAGUGCACGAGUCCCCACCCUUUCAGGAACAACUCCUUGCCAGCUCCCUGGCUGUGGCCACUUCCCAGAUGCUCAUCAACCCCAUGGAGGUGCUGAAGACACGACUGACUCUGUGCCAGACUGGCCAGUACAAGGGGCUGCUGGACUGCACCAGGCAUAUCGUGGAGCAGGAGGGCACCCGCGUCCUUUACCGCGGCUACCUGCCCAACAUGCUUGGCAUCAUUCCCUACGCCUGCACCGACCUGGCUGUCUACGAGAUGCUCAGGUGUCUCUGGCUGAAGUCAGGCAGGGACAUGGAGGACCCCAGUGGCCGUCUGUCGUCCGUGACACUGUCCACAACCUGUGGCCAGAGGGCCAGUUACCCACUGACUUCGGUGCGCACCAGGAUGCAACCCCAAGACACCGUGGAGGGUUCGAACCUCACCAUGCGUGGAGUCUUCCGGCGGAUCCUGGCCCAGCAGCGCUGCCCGGGGCUGUACCGAGGCAUGACCUCCACGUUACUGAAGGUGUUGCCAGCAGGUGGCAUCAGCUACGUGGUGUACGAAGCCAUGAAGAAGACCCUGGGCGUAUAA